AUCCAACCUCUUAACUUAUGGUAAAUGUUAUUUUUCCAUCCUUUUAUUUUACAAUUGUUUAUUUUGCUUGGAUAUUAUAAGAAAGGGACAAGCAAAAGUAAUUUGCGACGCACGUCCACCACCAGCAACAAUCCUUACCCACUUUCUUUGUUUCAUUUAAUGCACUCAGCAUCUUCCCCGAACCAACUAUCCCUUCCCUCACAAUAUUACUAGCUCAGAAAACCAAGUGCUCAUACUCAACGGACACCAUUCUGCAUUGACAUAUCCAAACCAAAUAUUUCAAGUUCAACAAUUAGCUCUCUCUCUCUCUCUCUCUCUUUCUCUCAACCGAAAUAUUGAAAUGACGACCUCAUCCUCCUCUGCCAAGCUCCCUGCAUACCAAAGACUCAAGCAUGAUGAUGAUCAAGAUGGGCUUGAACUUGAUGAUGAUUUUGAUUAUGGAAGAGUGAGAGUGUUGGCGAGAUCAAGGAGUACGAGUUGGUGCAAGUUCAGAUUCAGAAAGGUUCAUAUUAGGAGGAGGAGAUCAUUCAAGCUCAAAGUUCCAAGCUUGAAGAGGCUCUUGUUCUUGAGGAGGAAAAUUAGGUUGAUCUCUGCUCUCAGAGCUUCAUGUGCUAAAGUGUUGCAGAGAUUCAAGGAAGGGCAAGGCCACUUUGGUGAUCUUUUUGCUGGCAACUACUUGUUCCUGCAAGUCAAUCCCAGCUCGUUGAAGAGCCUUCACAAGGCUGCCUUGCCCUCAAGCUAUACCCUCCCAAUCCCAACAACAAAUAUUGCUUAAUAUGGAUGCGGUUUCUGCAGAAAGAAAUUUAAGAAUUAUAUUUGUGUUCUCUAAUAUUGGUAGCUUUUUUAUUUUCUAGCUUUUUUGGUCACAUAUUGCUUGUUUUUCUGUGUGACAAUGCAUAUGAGAAUUGUCUAAAGAUGGGUUCUUGUCUUUUUCUCUGAUCACUCUCCUAGAAAUUUAAAAGGGGGAAUUCGAAGACAUGACCUCCUAUGGCAAUCAUCACUUUGUGUCUUCUUUCCUCUGAA